AUGACGAAACUGAAAGUCGACUUUGGAGAAACGAAACUAGAGACCCGAAUCCAAGGCACCGGAACACUACGAUUCUGCACCACGCUAUCUCCAAGCUUUGCUCUCUUUGCAUUGGAUUUGGAGGAUGACAUCGACUAUGGAAGCUACUUCGAGCUGGAGGGUAUAGUUAUGGAACAGGGAAAAACCAAAAUCCUGGAUGUAAUGUUGACAAGAAAAGAUGGAUGGACCAAGGAUAUGAUUGACGAUUUGAUGGGCGACAUGAUGACGACUGGCAAUCGAACCAUAUGUGUAUCAGGAUAUCCAGAACGACGAGAAGAAAAGUUCAACGAUAAAACCAAUAUAUUUUUUGUACAUGCUGUCGAUAUCAAACUGUUGGAAGCGGACAAAGUGUACAAAGCGGAGCCUCCACAGGAGGAUUCGGAUGUUCCGACGACUGAUCCAUCCGCCAACGUCAACACAAAGACUGCCACCAACACUGAUGCUAACACCAACACUGCUGAGAGCAAUAAAGUUGAAGAUGACACCUCUUUGGAAAAUGGUCAUCAUAAACAUCACAACAAGAGGCCUGGUAAUAAAAGACCCAAAAACUCAGAUCGUGGAGCGAAUGACAACAGUCGCUUCGCCAAGUUGGCCUUCUUUUUGCUUUCAGAGUUUGGCGGAUACGAUGGCCUCGGUUCUCUGCCGGUUCUAGAUGUUGCCGGUGGAAGUGGAGGACUGGCCUUUGAACUCGUCUUCAAACACCAACUUCCGUGUACCGUAGUCGAUACACGUCCCGUCCAAUUUUCGGCAGGACAAAAGAAGCAUUUGGAGUUUCGGAAUCAAAGCCAUGACGCAUUGGACAGUAUUGGCAAAGACAAGACUACACCACUAGUAGAAAAUCUCAAGGGACGCUUUCAAGCCGGGACAUCGGACGAUGGUCUCUUGCGUCAGUUACAAACCUUGCUGGAAACCGAGUCGGUCCUCAAGGGUUUGCCAAGCAGCAAGAUCCGAAAACGAGCAGACUUUGUUGAAGCUAACGAAAAAUUGCGAGAGCUACUCAAGGAGCAACGAUGCUCUGUCCUAGUGGGACUCCAUCCAGAUCAGGCCACCGACCCAAUAAUGGACAUUGGAUUCGCACUGAACUUGCCUUGGGUAGUGAUCCCAUGCUGUGUCUUUCCAAAUCUUUUCAAACAACGUCAAUUGGAACCAUCAGGAAAAUUGGUCCGGACCUAUGAUGACCUGUGUGAGUACAUUCUGCAGCAGCAUCCUAGUGUGAAAGAGACCACGCUGCCAUUCCGUGGAAGAAAUCGAGUGUUCUAUUGGAAACCUGCUCCUUCAAAUGAUGAAUAA